UCCCUCGCUCGCUCGCUCCCCACCAGCUCCGGCUUGCUCCCUGCCCACUCCCGGGGGGACGUUCCGUGCCGCGGCCGCCGCUUCUUUCACACUUUAGUUGGGAGCCGCGCGCCGCGCUCAGUUACUGGAGAGCUGGCCGCGCGCCGCCGCCUCCCGCACGCACGCACGCCGGCCGGGCUUCGGGGGUUUCGGCUCUUACUCCCGGCGUCUGGGAGGAGGGGGAGACCCGGACUCACUGUGGGGAGGAGGAGGAAGAGGAGGAGAAGGGAGGAAGAAAACAAGCGAGGAGGAUCCGGGCGGGGGGCGGGAGGCUUACCACCUUCAGCCCCCCCGCGAGCGCCCAAGGUGCGCACAUUUUGACCGACUCAGCAAGAAGGUGGAUUUUCCUUGUGUCUAAAGAGAAAAAAAUGUCCCCGUGUCUGUAGAGAUGCUUUGCAGUUCAGCCCGGCUGAAGCUGACCGAAUGAGACUAUGGGCUGUGCCUCUGCGAAGCAUGUUGCCACUGUUCAAAAUGAAGAGGAAGCCCAGAAAGGGAAGAACUACCAGAAUGGAGACGUGUUUGGUGAUGAGUAUAGGAUCAAACCGGUGGAAGAGGUCAAAUACAUGAAAAAUGGGGCAGAAGAGGAGCAAAAAAUAGCAGCCAGGAACCAAGAAAACUUGCAGCAGAGGGAGAUGGCAGAAUAUUCACCAGUGCUCAUGAGUAUUUAA